AUGGCAGAUGCUCCUGAUCAUUCUUUGAAUGGUCGCAGGCACCUAGAAUUCACGCCUAUAGGCUAUUCCAGACAGAAUCCUUUGAAAAGACUCAGUAGGUCUCCCAUUCAGACGGUAGCGGAAGAUGAUAAUAAUGGAAAUGGUAUGAGUGAAGAAGGGCCCUUUAAGAAACAGAGGCGUGCAGAUCUAGAUGAUACGAUUGCUUCGCAUAGAAUGUUUAACGAUAGCUCUCAAUUCGAUGAUACUCUGCCGCAAUUGAAUGGACAAUCAGCAGACAAUGAUAACGAUAAUGCCCACGAUAGUGGUAAGGAAACUGACGAUGUGGUGAAAAAUCUAAUGGGAAAUCUAAAGGAAAAUGCGCCUGCUUCCAAUCCUUUAAAAGAGCAACAGGAACAACUACACAAACUGAACACCGAUAAUUAUAAUCUGAGGUUAAAAUGUAAUUCAUUAUUGAAAUUUCUGCAUAAUGUUACGGAUCAAGGUGAGCUUACCAAAAGUCUUGGGCUACUAGAUGAAAUUCACGAAUGGAAACAGAAACAUUACACUUUGAAUCAGCAAUAUCUCGAGUUAAAAGCUAAAUUGAUCCAAGUGGAAGCAAAUGCCGCCGAAAACAAACAAGAGCCUGUGACUGAAGUAGAUCAUACAGCAUGUCAGAGAGAACUUUCAUACGUGCAAAACCAAUUGGAAAAGACCACUUUACAGCUAAACACUUACAGAGAUGAGGUUGCACAUUUAGAGGACAAAACUAUAAGGAUUCAAGAGGACCAAAGAGCUAAGGAAGAACAGCACCAGUUGGAAAUUCAAAUGCUCAGAUCUGAUGUUAACAAUUUAAACGUCUCCCUGGUAAAUAAAGAAAGUGAAUUAGAAGAAGACAGAGCUAAAAUCCAACGACUCAUGAAUCAAUUACAUGAAUUUGAUCACAAGGGUAGCCAAUCAUUGCUAGAUUUGGAAAGACAAUUAGAAAUGAAAAGAGACUCUAUUUCAAGCUUGGAAAAAGAAGUACGAGCUUUAACACACGAUCGAGUUCAUUUAGAAACACGAAUAAAAGACAGGGAAAUAGAAAACGCUAAGAUUCAAUCUGAAUUGGAAAGGCUACGCGACAAUGUUAAGAAUAAUAAUAGCUCCAAUUUUGAAAUUGGUGAAUUAAAACAUGCUAAGGCCUCAUUGGAUGAUAAGGUUCGAAAUUUGACAGAAGAAAGACACAACUUGAAUCAAAGAAUAUCUGCUUUGAGAAAAGAAUGUGAUGAAUGGAAAUCCAAAUACCAGAGGAAUGAGUCCUUAGAUUCAAAUCAUCGAAAGGCUUUCGACUCUUUGAGACAAGAAUUGCAGACCACGAAAACCCAAUUGGAAGAAACUCGUAAAACUGCCCAACAGUUACAAACUCAAGUUAUUGAAAAUACCACCAAGAAUUCAGAACGUACGUCACAAAGGAUUAAAGAUAAAGAAACACAGAUUCAGAAAUUGGAAUCGGAAUUACAAUUUUGUAAGCAACAAUUGAAGGAUGGUUCAAGAAGAUUACAAGCAGAAGAAGAAAGAUGUCGAGAAACUUUCGAAUCUGAGCUACAGAAUUUGGAAAUGAAGAAUGGUUUCGAGAGAACUAAAUUGGAGAGAGAAAUUACACUUUUAAAAGAAGAAAGAGUAGCACUUAUAGAGACCCAUGAUCGCGAAUUAGAGCUUUGGAAGAGUAAGUGUGAUGCCCUAAACAAGGAAAAUGAUAUAUUGGUUAGACAAGAAAUUGGUGAUUUAGACGGUGUCAAACGGAAACUGUCCCAACAGCUUGAUAAAUUACAGGAAAAAUUGACAACUGCAGAAGGUGAAAGAGGCGACUUGGCAGAAAAACUAAUUAAAUUACAACAUUCCAAAGAUAGCUAUAAGGAUGAAUUAAAAAGAGUAAGUUCGAAAUUAGAGUACUUAUCCAAGGAAUACCUUAAAUCAAAACAAUCGGCAAUUAACGAUGAUGAACAAAAGACUAAGUAUAAUACCAUGAAGCAAAGACUAUUAGUUGAAUUAAAAUCUUUGCAAGACGAGAAUUUGUCACUAGAGAGAAAAUUGUUAGAACAAAGGGGUAGUAGCAGCAGAUCACAAGAAAGCUCUUCUCGUUCCAGUUCAACAACACAAGAUCGGUUAGACUAUUACAAAUUGAAAUAUAACAAUGAAGUAAAACAUAAUAAUGAUUUGAGGAUUAUGAACGAUUAUUUAAAUCGUGUUUUGAGAGCCAGUUCCCAACAUCUCAAAUUGGAUCUUUUGAAAUUGGAAAGUGAAAUAAGUCAACCCGCCGUACCGUCUUCGAGAACAUAUAAGACUGUCCUAGACGAUGACAGGUAUAGACCCCGAUUUCGUAGCGGAUUAAUUUCACCGGGCCAUAUCCCCACUUUUAAGGCGGUAGCCCUUUUAGUAUUGGCAUGUGUCCGUAUGAAGCAGACUGCCGUCAGAUGUCGUUGGGAUGAACAUAGGAUAAGGUAUUUGAGAAAUAAGAUGGCAAUAGAUGAUGAUAGAAUCACUUGGUAA